AUGUCUGAAAUAUCCCUGAAAGCAGACAUAUCCUUUAUAAGGAAGGAUUCAGUACCUAAAUUAACCAUGGUGUGGAAUAUAUAUUACAUAUCCCUGGUGUUAUUUUCAGCAUCCUUGAUUCAGCAAGCUUCUUCUCAAGAUUUAUCAAGCUGUGCAGGGAGAUGUGGGGAAGGGUAUUCUAGAGAGGCUCCCUGCCAUUGUGAUUAUAGCUGUCUACACUACAUGGAGUGCUGCCACGAUUACAAGAGAUUCUGCACAGAGGAACUCUCCUGUAAAGGACGCUGCUUUGAAACUUUUGUAAGAGGGAGAGAAUGUGACUGUGACGCAGACUGCGAAAAAUUUGGGAAAUGCUGUCCAGACUAUCAGAAACAUUGUGAAGAAGCACUUACUACGAAAUCAUCAUCAUCCAGAACAGCUCCUUUGGUCACCAAAACAACAGCCAAACGGUCAUCUAAAAAUGCAAAGAAGAGGAAGCCAAAGAAAGUAGUACAAUCCCAUGAAGUUAUGGAAGAACAUUCAGAAUCUGAGAAACAGAAAUCUUCUUCCUCAUCGUCUUCCUCGUUGUCAUCCACAACAAUUCGGAAAACAAAGGCUUCAGCAAGAAACCCCAGUGAAAAAAACCAAACAAAUAAAAUUAAAAACAAAAACAAUAGAAAAGUGAAGGAUACAAUGAAAGAGCAAGACUCAAAAAACAGAAGAACUUCAUCCAGGACUUCUACAUCUGAUGAAAUAAGAGAGAUUUCUGAGGAGAUUGGCAGUGGAUUGGACAAUGUGGGUACCAGGCCUGCUCCUACUGCAAAGCGCCCUGACAGAAAAAUUUCAAGACAAGGAAAUAAAGGUACAACAGCAGCUCCUUUGUCAGAAGAAAGUUUUAGCCAGACCCCUGCCUCCCAGCCAGAUCAAGUUACUAUGCCCUUCAAAAUGAAUACUACAAAGACAUUAAGUCCGAAGACCAACAUGCAACCUACAACUACAAGUGUGACUAAGAUCUCAGCAUUAACUAAUUCAGCUCAUGUCACUAAAGCUAAAGACACAAGUACUACAGCUAUGAAAAAUGCCACAACUACUACAGCUAAAGGGAUGACCACAGCUAAGAAAGACAAAACUACUACUGUAACAACAACAGAAAAGAAAGACACAACAACUGCAACAGCUGGAGAAACAAUAACCACAACAGAUAAAAAAGUCACAACUAUUGCUGAGAGAGAGACUGUAACACCUAAAACAGUCACAGCUGCAGCUAAAGACACUAUAAAAACAACAGAUAAAAAAGACACAACCACAGCAAAUGAUGAGAUUAUACUGACUCCAGAUGAAAAAGACUUAAUAACUAAAAAAGGCACAACUACUGCAGCGAGGAAGACUGUAACAAAAGCACCUAGAACAGACACAACUGCAGAAAUUCAAGACACUGUAACAACAGCAGACAAAAAAGAUACAACUACUGUGGACAAAGAAAAUGUGUUAACAGAUGAAAAAGACACAACCACAGUAAAUAACGAGAUUAUACUGACUCCAGAUGAAAAAGACUUAAUAACUAAAAAAGACACAACUACUGCAGCGAGGAAGACUGUAACAAAAGCACCUAGAACAGACACAACUGCAGAAAUUCAAGACACUGUAACAACAGCAGACAAAAAAGCUACAACUACUGUGGACAAAGAAAACAUGCCAACAGAUGAAAGAGAGAAAACAACCACAGGUAAAAAAGACACAACGACCAUAGGCACAGAGAUUGUGAUGACUAUAGCAGAAAGAGACACAACAGAUAAAAAAGACACAAUUACUGCAGAGAGAGAGACUGUAACAACAGCUAAAACAGCCACAACUGCUGCAGCUAAAGACACUGUAACGUCAGCAGCUAAAAAAGACACAACUACAGUAGGUGAAGAGAUUAUAUUGAGUCCAGAUGAAAAAUACUUAACAACUAAAAAAGACACAACUACUGCAUAUAGAGAGAUUGUAAUAUCGGCUACAACAGCCACAACUGCAGCAGCUAGGGAGACUGUAACAAGAGCACCUCAAACAGACACAACUACAGAAACUAAAGAUACUCUAGCCACCACAGGUAAAAAAGACACAACUACCGUGGACAAAGAGACUGUAAUGACAAUAGAUGAAAAAAACAAAACAGCAGAUAAAAAAGACGUAACUACUAUAGCUACAGUCAAUAUAAUAACAACAGAUGAAAAAGACACAAUAGAUAAAGCCACAACUACUGCAUCCAGAGCUACUGCAGCUAAAAAAUCUGUAAUGACAACAGCUAAACUGGACACAACAGCAGCAGCUAAAAAGACACAAACUACCACUAAACAGACACCUACUGCUGCUGAAGUAACAACUGUGGCUAUAGAACUGACAACUGCAGAUAAAGAAGAGACUGUAGAUAACAGACAGAAAACUACAGCUACCGAAGAAACAACAACUGAAGAGAAAAAAGAGUUAACUACUGUUAUCAAAGAGAGAACUACAGAAAAAGCUUCUGAUGAUAAACAGGCAACUACAACACGUAAAAUAGAUACAACUGCCAGUACUGUCACUACAGCAACACUGACUGUCUCUGAAGAGGUGUCCACUACAGCUAAAGGCUCCCAGGGAAGACCUGUGUCACCAACAGAAAAUAAAUCUGGUACCACUGUCACUCAAAUCCCACCAGUAAAAGCGACUGCCAAACCCACCAUUGAACCUGAAAAAAACACUAAGUCUGCGAUACAAAUUACUGCUACUCCACCCAUAAACCUUUCUACCUCUCAGCCUAAAGACCUCCCUGAAACAAAAGUCCAUUUUGAAACCACAAAAGAAACUUCUACUGUUACUAAAAGAUCUACAGCAACUUCCAUUUCCAAGGAGACUACUGAAACCAACGACAUCUCUGAAAAUACAUACACUACAGAUACAACCACCCAGAAAAACACAACACAGUUUCCAACUGAAAAAUUACAAACUUCCAAGAUCAUCAUCAGUCCUUCUUUGGCUCAGAAACCAGCUACCCACCCAGUCACUCCUGAGCAGGAGAAACAUAUAGAUAAUUCAAGCCCCACUGCAAUUAAUCCAAUGACUCUUCCAGACAGUAAUUUCCCUCGCAGAAACACAGAAAACCCUAAAGAAACUCCUGUUCCUUAUGAGGGACCCAAUCAAAAUCCUACCUCUUCCAAACAAGUUAACUCUAUAGACUACCCAGCAAUCUCAUUCACAGCUUCUAUUGUUCCACUGAGAGGUACACCUAAUCCUAAUAGCAAUGAUGAAAACAACAGGUUGGAAACCAUUACGAAAAUAACAUGGACAACAACAAAAUCUAAUUCAGCUAUCCCUCAAAAACAGGAAACAACGUCACAUGGCAUUACAACUAAUACCAGCAUUGAUCUUGUUUCAGAUAAAGAAAUUACCAAGGAAAGUCCAAUAGCUAUGAACACAAAUACGUCAGUAAAACAUUCAAUAGUGUCUUCAACCUUUUCAGCUGAGAAGGAUAUGCAUCAUACCUCCACCUUGCCAAGCGGAUUCGUAACCACAAGGCCUGAAGAAAGACGAGAAGUCACACAUUUCCCCACUAAAACAUACUCAUCAAUAUCUUAUUCAACUAAAGCUCCUGAAAGAAGCCCCACUAUACACACAGACUCCAAACUACAGGACAAGAUCAACACAACUUACAAAGAUGAACGAGAUAAGAAUUUGUGUAACGGAAAGCCAGCAGAUGGAAUAGUUGCUUUACCAAAUGGAACAUUGGCUGUAUUCCGAGGUCAUUACUACUGGCUGCUGGAUUCAGCUAGGCAGCCAACAGUGUCCCCUCGUAAAAUCACUGAGGGUUGGGGUAUUCCAUCCCCCAUCGAUACUGUCUUUUCCAGAUGCAACUGUGAUGGCAAAACCUUCUUCUUUAAGGGUUCCCAAUACUGGCGUUUCACUAACGAUGUGAAGGAUGUGGGAUAUCCCAAACAAAUUGCAAAAGGAUUUGCAGGACUAAGUGGGAAAAUAGUAGCAGUUCUUUCGGUAGCACAACACAACAAAAGGCCAGAAUCUGUGUAUUUUUUCAAGAGAGGUGGCAGCGUUCAACGUUAUAUCUACAAUCAAGAACCAGCCAAAAAGUGCAAAAAGAAAGCAUAUGUUAGAUACCCAGCUUAUACACACAGAGCUGUGAUCAAGAGGAGACGCUUUGAACGUGCAAUAAGAUCAGCAAUCGAGUACCGCACACCAGUCAUGUACCACACUCUCAGAAUCAACCAUAAUCCAUCUGGAAUAUUACAUCAUGAGGUUAAAAUAAAUUCUUACUGGAGAGGAUUUCCAAAAGUAGUUCACUCAGCUAUAUCAAUACCUAACUACCGAAGGCCAGAUGGCUAUGAUUACUAUGUUUUCUCUAAAGAUCAGUACUACAAUGUGAAUGUGGCCAGCAGAAUAGCAAGAUCAGUUACCUCUCAGACUGGGCAGACAGUAUCCAAGGACUGGUAUAAGUGUCCUAAAGAUGAUUUGUAAGACAGGAUUUUA